UCAACCAGUGCUCCGCUUAUUGGUAAUCGGGCAAGGUGGCUCGCUCUACUCCUUCCUCGACUUGCAGUAGAACAUAAGCUGACGAUUGAUUUCGCUGGAGAGCUUUGAUUUGCAGCUCUGAAAAUUCAUUCUGAUUUCAGUGGUACACCUCACCAAGUUUCAUACAAAAGUGCCGCUACAGCGAUACCGAAGAUUUAUAGUUAUGAUUUUUUCAAAUGAAAGAGGAAACUGAUCAUCUAAUAUUUGUCAAACUAACAUCAAAACACAAUGGUCACCAGAUACACCAUCGACCAUAUCCUGGCGAGUAACGAUGUCCGGGACAUGACUCAUUCGAUUUCACCUGUACGUUCACCCGAAAUUGAAGAGACGACCUUUGCCGAGGAAGCUAGUUCGAUCAUUCCAGUUCUCAGCCAAUCAAAAGUCAUUGUACGAGGUGAUGUAGAAAUAAGGGAGAUCACAAGGGAUCAACCCACCGAGCGCAAAGAUGGGGUAAAUGGACACGAUGCUCGGAACUCAUUUGUAGAAAACGGUUCAGGUAGUACUGCUGAGCAUCAUGAAGAAACGUCCAUCAUAAACCUGUCGGUGAGGGGAAAGUCUCCGCCAGAUGAUUCGGGGCCUCCUAGACAAAAAAUGACCAACCACAGCGUGUUACGACCAGUUCCGGUUCGACCGAAUGAAGUGCCGCAAAAUGGAACAUUGCACGACUCCCGUCACGAAUACCCGCUGCUCAAGGAACACGAGUCUGUGUUAGGGCAAAGCCGCCUUAAUCCAACCAAAAAUAAUCAUCCUGUUAGUGAUGGAUUUGAACAAAGGCCAGAAAAGUGUCAGGGGCGCGAUUACCCCGGGUUGGAUAUGGGGAGCAGCGUCUACAGCCUAAUGUGGAGGCAGUAUUUAGACGCUCAGCUUCAAGGAAUGGCGGCUACGGGGCCUUUUGUUCCUUUGCCUUUUGUGCUCGAUGCAGCCUUGCCCCACGUAGCGAGCAGUGUAGGCCUUCCAUACCAUGUCGUGAACAGAUCCCGCAGGAGAGGCGGCCAAGUUCGGUUUACAGGAGACCAGACGAGACGCCUCGAAGAAUGGUUUCAUAUCCACAAGUACAUCACGCCUCCUCAGAGGAAGACGAUAGCCAGGGAACUCAGUCUGCAAGAGAGGCAGGUGAAGACCUGGUUUCAGAAUCGACGUGCGAAGUGGAGGAAAGCGGAAGGACAGAGCGGUGUCGAGGCUAGUCCAUCAGACAUAGGUCCAUCUCCUUCACCCUCCCACGACACAAGCGGAGACGACCUAGACGAAGACACUUUUGAGAAGGAACCUGGGCCUCAGGAAGAGCUUAUUGUAGAUGAGGACCAGCCGGAAGUCCCAAGCGUCCCAUCUAGCUGUGGCAUCGGUCGCUGCCAACCUCCUGCUGAUGACAAGAGACCUCCCAAGAAUUUCAGAGUUCUUCAUUAAUUUCUGUACAGCGAUGGAAUGAAAAUAUUGUUUCCGAUUUCUGACCAUCUGUUUUAAUAAUGAUUGAAAUUUCUAUAAAAUUCGUGAUUGUGGCGGGCUUUGUCUUUCCCAUGAAAGUAAAGAGUGUUGACUUGGGAACGCAGUGUCUUCUCAACCUUAGAAGUUUGCUUAAAAAAAACAAAAA